AUGUCUAACACGGAACUCAUCGACGGGCAUGUGUCAUCUCUACAAUGUAAGAAGGCGGUCAACGCCCUGCUAGGACAUGCGUUGCAAAUCCAGAAAAAGAAGGAGGAAAAUGAGCUCCUGCCAGGGAAGGAGCAGCAUGUCUGGUUGGUCGUAGCGGUGAAAAAGAUGCAGCCAGAGAAGAAGUUGAAACCUCAUAAGAUACCUAUCAAACACCCAUUGGUCGACCCGCGUACAACGCCCGUAUGUCUCAUAACCAAGGACCCCCAGCGCGAAUAUAAAGACCUGUUAGAAUCACACGGCAUAAAGUUCAUCUCGCGUGUGGUGGGCAUUACGAAGCUGAAGGGUAAAUUCAAGCCGUACGAGGCGCGGCGGCUGUUACUCCAGGAGAACGGACUUUUCCUUGCAGACGAGCGAGUCGUCCCACUACUACCCGGACUUUUAGGGAAGCGCUUCUUUGAAGCUAAGAAGCAACCCAUACCUGUUUGUCUAACUCGCAAGGAUCUGAAGGGUGAACUCGAACGGGCGAUCUCAUCGACGUACAUGCACUUGAAUCAGGGAACCUGCACGUCUAUCAAGGUUGGUACGCUAUCACAAAAACCAACCCAGAUUCUGGACAACAUCAAAACCGCCCUCCCUGCUAUUAUCAAGCGGAUAAAGGGCGAGUGGGACAACAUUCAGAGUCUUCACAUCAAGACGAGCUCGAGCGUGAGUCUCCCGAUAUGGACGUGUGACCUAGGUGCCGAGGCAGGCGGGCGCUGGGAUGGACUUGUCGCCGGUGAGAAGUCUGAAGCCGAGGCUAGUGGCUCGAGCGACGAGAGCGAAAUGGAGGUAGAUGAGGUGCUUCCCGAGGCGGCCACUAAGGGCAAGAAGAGGGCUGCAGAGCCCGCCCAAGGGGAGGAAGAGCAACCCAAAAAGAGGUCGAAGGGU